AUGUUCAAAGCCCUGAUGGGCGGGGGCCGCUCGUCAUCCUCAUCCGACGUUCGCAGCAGUUCCAAGAGCAGCCGGCGCAAGUCCGAAAAGCCCGAUAAAUCUGACACUAGAUCGAUCUCAAGUCGCAAGUCCUCACGGGGUGACGACCGUGACCGCGGCCUGGGUGAUUUGUCGUCUUACUCGCCAACGGCUUCCCGCAGUAAGCGUGGCCCACCGAGUAUUGCCGGCGAAUCUAUCGCAUCAACCUAUGUAACCGCCGAGCCAGAAGCCAUUGAUGACUCCGAUCGCUAUUAUAUUGAACGCACACCAAGACGCAGAGACAGUGAACGGGAAAGCAAGAGUUCUCGUCGGCGCGACCAGGACCGAUCCGACAGCCCCGAGCGUGAAAAGAGAAGCAGCCGCCGAGGAACACAAGAUACUCUGGACGAUGACCUGGAUCGGGAGCGCGACCGUCGCGACCGUCGCGACCGUCGCCGCACUCAGUCAGGGGAUCCAUAUGUGCCCCCGAUCUCCACAAGCAUGCCGCCUAGCGCCCCCGGCGCGCAGUUUGCCGCCGAGAUUGGCGCCCCGGGAUUCUCGCAAUUUCCCAUGCAGUACGACGCUGGACUUCCAUCUGCAGACCAUUCGCCAGCGCAUGAAGUUUCGUAUGACCCACACGUGCAGCAACAAUUUCCCGGCCAGUUCCCAGAGCAGGUUGCUGAGCCGUAUCGGCCGCCUAACCCUGCCGGCGCUGCGGCAGACUACUAUGGUGACCAGGGCGAGUCUGUUGAGCACCAGCCCGGUAUUCGACCGGCUCGCCCAAGUGUGCUUCCUAACACCCAAGCACACUUGAUGGCAGCAUCACCAUCAGCUAACCCACCCCCAGAGCCCAGUAGUUUGGGUGAGACUGGGGCAGCGGCGGCCUAUUUCGACGAUGAUUCCCAUGCUCCGGCGCAGGAAGGCCAGCCGCCGGCAGUGUCUUCAAUCAGACCCCCGAAACCGUCGAAGCCUUCAAAGCCUUCGAAGCCUUCUUCAUCGGGAGUUCUUCCUGCUGCCGCUGUUGGAGCUGCCGCUUAUGGCGUUGGGGGUAUGAUGUCUCAUUCUGAGUCGCAUUCCCCUCCGCAGCACGCCACUUCGUACGCGCAGCAGGACCAGCCAGUGGUACAGGGCCAGCCAAUGACAUACAACCAGCCAACGGAAUACGAUCAGCCGAUAGCAAGCAGUGGCUACCAACUUCCCUCCAAGCCGUCCCACUCUCAUAGCUUCAGUGAAGGUGCCGGUAUUGCGGCUGCAGGCGCUGCAACGGGGUACAUGCUGGGUCAUCACCAUCACUCCUCGAGCCCCGAGCACGCACCACAAUAUGCUUUCCAGCAUCACGAGCAGUAUCCUCAAGGUGGUGGUAUGCAAGUUAUGCAACCGUAUGGCCCUGGCCAUAAUAAUGCUUUGUAUGCGGGAGGAUAUCCUGCUCAAGCUGCCUACAACCCGGGUUUCUAUCCUCAUACACCCAGCGCGCUAGCUUUCCAAGAGCGUCAGCGUGGCCCCAUGGGAAGAUUCGUUGAUUUCUGGCGCGACCCCGAGGCCGUUGGAAGAUUCGAGGAUUACACAGAAUCUAUCGAUGAGGGCCGCCGCCGACCGAAGUCCAAGAAAUCUUCCUCGUGGCUGCCAGGCAUGCUAGCCGGCUAUGCGACUAAAUCGCUCUUCUCAAGCAAGGAGUUUGACGAUUCUUACAGCCUCCGCUCCGGUCGAAUGGCCUCAUCCCACGGGGAAGAAGACGACCGGAGGAGCCGUACCUCUCGUGGUGUGACCCAUCGUUCUGGCCGUAGUCCUCAAAGAGACCAUUAUUCAGACUCCAACCAUGCAUCGCAAUCUGGAUAUUCUCGGCACACACGUUCCCGAUCACGGUCUUCCUCUCGAUCUGGCCGGCAUUCGUAUUUGAAGGAGGCUGCACUCGGUGCCGCAGUGGGUGGGGCGGCGCUGGCUGUUGCAAAGUCGCGUAACCGCUCUCGCUCCCGCAGUCGUUCACCUGAAAGACGACAACGCCGAAAGGAUUCAUCCUCAUCCUCAUCCUUUGUCAAUCUCCCCAGGCCCGCCAAGAAGUCCAUCGCUGGUGGUAUCGGUUCAUUCUUCACAGCUUCUUCCGAGAACAGAAAGAAACGUCACACCAAGAAGCGAAGCGGCUUCUUCUCUUUCAAGAGCGGCUCUUCAUCCUCUUCAUUGGACAAUGAUCUUGCAUUCGGAGACGGGUUCUCGAAGAAGUUCUCCAAGUCUAAGAAGAAGAGCAGGAAGGGUAAAGAUGUUGAUGCUGCUUUGGUAGAGCUUAGUGACACGGCAACUCGUUUGGCUGGCUCCUCGCCCCACGGUCCCGGGCGCAGCGCAGGCCAGAUGUAUACACCUCGAUCUCGGCAGUCCAACUACGCCCACUCUACCACACAGGACGAAGAAUGGAUCGAUGCCGAGUCGGAGGACCAGUCUUCUUCAAGUGUUAGCUCUGCGCUCGCGUUCGGAGGAAGCAGCGUUGACUCUUCCUCCGACUCCGCCAGCAGCAAAUGGGGCUGGAGAUGGGGAAGCAAGAAGGACAAGAAGAGGAAGGACAAGCGGUCGAGUACUACAAACGCCGCUCUGGUAGCCGGCGCUGGCGCUAUUGGAGCCGCUGCAAUCUCUUCUGCUCGUCACCGUGAUAGCGACCCCCAAAUGUCCCCAUCUGUAUCUGGCGGGGAACCAACCCUCAUCCGCCCGGGACCCAUUCCCCUUCAGCAGCCUCAGCCUUUUACCCCUGUCUCCCAAUCAGUGUACACUACCCAGGGUGCUGUUUCGGGGCCCAUUCCUGUGUAUAGCACCCCGGCGGUCCCGCCCCUUUUCGCUAAUGAAGUUGGGAACUACGACUCGCAGUUCCAAAUCACUCGUGAUCCAGCAUGGGCACCAGAACCGUCAACAUACGUCGACCGCCGGAAACCCCGACGCAGUGAUUCCUCUCCUGUUUUCCCCACUCAGGAAACUGCUUCCAGCCUCAAGCGCCGGUUCACCGCUAAGGAGCAAGCCUCCGUGCAAUUCAACUUGACGGAAGAGCAAGCGGAGAGGGAACGCCACCUUAUUCGUCGUGACAAGAACUAUCGGGAUGAAGUUACUGAUCAACCGGUUCAACUGAUUGACCGAGAGGAAGAGCUCGCCCGCCAGGAAACCGAGCGACGAGAGCGCCGCCGAAAAGAGCGAGACGACGAGGACCGCCGGUAUGCGGGCGACAGAGAAAAAGGUUCCUCAUCCUGGGUUGGUGCAGCAGCAGCUGGAGCUGUAGGAGCUGCCGCUGCCAGCACUAUUCUCUCGCGCAAGACAGACGAUGAUGAAGCCUCUGAAGCUAGCCAGCGAUACAAUGAACGCCGAGAGAAACGCCGCGCCGAGCGGAAGCGCGACACUGAUGCAAUCGCGGCUAGUUCGAUCGUGUCGCGGUUCGAGCCUACUCAACCUAUUGACGAAGAAGUGACUACGGUGGAACACCGCGAAGAUCAGAAGAAACAGUCUCCUCGAUCUCCCCGUCCAGCACAGGUUUACGACGAUUACGCAGAAUUUUAUGCCCCUGAGGAAUUACGACACAGCCCAGAUGUUCAUCGCAGCAGCGGCUCCCCUAAUAUGCCAACCAUCGUGGAGGUAGAGCCUGCUAGCGAACGACGUACAAAAGAGGAACCUGAACCUACGGAGGUGGACUACUCAUACGAGCCCUAUCAACACGUGGACCGCCUCCCAUGGCCAGUCCCCGGGCUCAACCUCAUUGAGCCAACUCCUCCCCACAGCGUGACCGGUGGCUCCGUUCGCGACGUUACGUCCCCAACGCCCCCUGUAAAUAAAUCUUAUGAUACCCAGCCUCGCGAACGACCAACCGGCUCCCGGGUCUCCUGGGGUGAACAUGAAACUCACGAAUACGAGAUCCCUUCUUCUUCUGAGCAGGAUCCUCUUGAACAUGAUAUUUCCCCUAUCGAAAUCUCACCGAAGGACGUUCCUCUCCCUGCAUCCGAGAUAUCCCAAUCCAAGGGUAUUCCCAGCACAUCGGAGUACGGCGCCGAUAUUGAAUUUGCUGCGACAAUCGCUGCUGCGACGGCCGCAGCUGGAUUUGAUCCCUCUCUGAUCACAGAUGACCCAUCCUACCACACCCGCACUUCCCCUCCUGGGUCGGAGGAUGAACACAGAUUUACCUCACCCUGGUCUGCAUCAGCUCGGAAGGAGCCCCACGGCUUCGUCGAGCGCGAGAUCGAAGAAAUUGACCCCAAAUUCACCAAGGAUAUGACUUCCACCCCGGAGCACGUGGUCCAGGACAAGGAUGAGCUUUUCUUCCACGAGCCAGAAUCCUUCUCGAGAGACCGGGACAUUUCCUCGGGACGCGGUGACAAGGCCUCGAUUGCCCAGGAGGUCAUCGAGCAGCUGAAUGGCAAAUACGGCAAGCGCGAUCGUACUGCUUCGCCUGAAAAAGACGUAGAUGUCUUCUCGAUGCCUGGUGGCUUUGAUACAGCUGAAUCUAGAAACUUGCCUGACGCCAGAUCCGUGGUCUCAGCGCCGGCGCCUGUUGCCAUGGACCCAGAGACUCCGACCAAGUCCAAGUCCAAGUCCAAGUCGUCGAGGCGGAGUGGAGAUGACUUUGAGAUUUACGAGUCACGGGAGGUGUCUCCAUCUCGAGAUGAAUCCUAUUCCGUUAUCUCCGCUCCCGUCUCCAAGGACGAAACAUCCAAGUCCAAGUCCAGGAAGUCCAGGAAGAGUGGCGAUGACUUUGGCAUUGCUGAAUAUCCGGAGUCAGUGGUUCCCGAGUCUCGUGAUGAUUCUUUCUCUGUUAUCUCUGCCCCUGUUUCCAAGGACGAGACAUCCAAGUCCAAGUCCCGCAAAUCUCGACGGAGCGGUGAUGACUUCGAGAUCUACGAGUCACGCGAACCAUUUGAAUCCCGGGAUGACACCCGCUCGGUUACCUCUGCUUCUGCUGGCAAAGGAGAGUACGAUAUCCCCAGAUCGCGAGAGAUCUCCGGGUCUUACGAUGACAACCAGUCAGUAUUUUCUGCACCUGUCUCGAAAGAUGAGACUAGUAAAUCUCGCCGGUCUCGACGCAGCGGAGAUGACUUUGAUAUUUUCCGAUCACAGGAUGUGCCCGAGUCUGGUGACGAGUCUCGUUCUAUUGUCUCUGAACCAGCUAAGUCUAGAAAGUCUCGUCGCAGCGGCGAUGAUUUCGAUCUACGUCGCGAUGCUGAAGCCGCUCCUGACGACGCGGAAGGUGGCGAGGAGAAGGAGAGACGUCGCAAGCGUCGAUCUAAGCAUGGAAGUGACACCUUCUCUGUUGAUGACGAUGCUCGCUCCGCUAUUACGGACAUUGGAGAUGACAAGUCCGAGCGCCGCAAGCAUCGCCACCGUUCAUCUCGGGAAGCCGAAUUUGAUGACAAUGCUUCUAUAACCUCCUCUCCAGCCCAGAUUGACGAAUCCCGCGAGAAGCGCCGAAGCAAGGACGAGAAAGAAAAGAGCAGUGGAUUUUUGAGAAAUAUCUUUGGCUCACAAGUCUCGGCUCCAGCUGAGCGUGCUCGGUCUGGCCAUUCUCGCUCUUCCUCGUUGGAUAAGCGCUCAUCCCGCGAAGCCAUAUCUGAAGCUGGUGUGGAUGAUGAACGCCGUCGCCAUAAGAAGCGUUCUUCCAAGCACCGCAGCUCCAGCAACGGGGAUGAAUUGGAUCGUUACAUGUCGGACAAGGAGAAGGGUACCCAGGAUGACACAAAUCUGGAGGAGUACAGGUCCAGUAGACAGCAGAAAGAAGAGCGGCGACGUCAUCGGUACGAGGAAAUCGUGGAUUCAGGGAGGAAACGGGAAUCUGAGAAGGAAAGAUAUAGUGACAACUUCGACGAUCAAUCUUUUUUAAGGAAGCACCCUGAAAUUCUAGCCCCUGAGCGCGAACAUUAUGGUGCUUCAUGGCUUCCAGCAUUAGGGGGUAGCGCAGCUGUCUUCGCUGCAGCAUCAGGACUCAAUGAGAUCCCGCAGCAGAGGCCCCGGAGCCAAUCCACUUCUCCCCCAGUCACAGAGAAGACACUCGACUUGACCCCGAAGUCUCUGAGCCGCCCCGCUUCACCUGAAACAAGCCACCCCCAGGGGUCCCGAUCCCCCAAGCAACGCCGACACUCCGUGGCCAAGUCCACCAACGAAUCGCCGACAGCCGUGCCUCUCCACUUCCGCCGGCCCCCAACUUCCCCAGGUCUCUCCCGCGCAGUUCCCGUCGAACAACCCGCCCCCAUCGCCUCCCCAGGCUCGCCAAGCCAGCAACGCAACCGCCGGCCUGGGUCAGUCGAGUUCCGAAACUCGCGUGAAAUUCGCCCUCUAUGGCUCGUCGAGCGCCACAGUUUGAUCAAGGGCGAGCCCGAGACGGAGGAGCCCUUGCCAUCGCUCCCAUCUAGCAAGACCUCCUCCCGCGCUCCAUCAAUGGACAACGUAAAGUCCCUCCAUGAUGAGGAUGGCCUUAAGAGCUGGGAGCACGUGGAUCUGAGUCAAUCAAUCAUGGAGAACCAGCGCCCGACCGGGCUGACAAUUUCAACUGACCAAGCGAACGAAAGCCAUGAUAGAGACCUUGAUCUGCUCGGCUCGCAGCAGCCCACGCCUACCGCGGAACACUUCCAGGAUUCAGAGUCGAGGAAGGAAAAGCGCAGAUACGAAUUCCACUCACCUUCUGAGCUCCUGCAGGACCCCGCUGUUCUGGACGAGUUACCUCCUUCACCUACGCUGGACGCCCUGCCUUCUGCAGAGGGCUCCAUGGUUGGCGUUGGCUCCAGGGAGCAAGAAACCAAACGUGCGCUUGACGCUCUCGAGGGCGUGUCCAGCCCUCAGCCUGAGCCGGAAACCCCGACCCAAGAACAUAGUUCUUUCUUCGGCGGCGUGACGGACUUCGCCAAGGGCGCUGGCUUUGCCGGCGUUGUCGACGCAGCUGCUAUUGCCGCUGUCAAGGAGCAUGAUCAGUCUCGCUCCUUGCCUACAGAUGAACCCGCCAAGGUCCAUGGCUUUAGCGAUAUUGUUGAUGAAGCAGUUGCCGCUGACGGUUCCUCUCGCGACCAUGACAAGGCGCCUGUCGAUGAGGAGGCGCCCAGUGAGCCCGUUACCGCCAUCGAAGAGAACUACCCCACUGGGCCAGAGCCUGUGCACCAAGAGAUGGAAACGGCCAAGGGAUUUGCUCCUGAAUCGACCGAACAGCCUGUUGAGUCUUCUGAUCUUCGCCCUCAGCCCGAUACAGAAGUCGUCCCCGACGAGGGCGCGGCUACCCAGUCUUCUAAGAAGAAAAACAAGAAGAAGAAGAAGGGCAAGAAGAACCAGGCCCAGGAUGCGGAUCUAGGAACCCCCGAAGAACUCCCGGCGCAGGAAGAUUUGACCAAGGAGUUGGCGCAGGACCCUGCUGUGGAGGUUCCCGAGGUUGAAUCUGUUUCUGCUGAGCCUGAGGUUGCUGUUCCUGAGCAAUCUGAGAAUGAGCCUGUUGAGGCAGCCCGCGAGCUUGGACCUGAGAUCGUGGUUGAUGAGACUGUGAUUGAAGGUGCUGCUGUUCAGUCUGCACCGAUCGAGAGCGCUCCUGUUGAGCCCGAGGUCGCUGCUCCUGAGAAAUCUGAGAAUGAGCCUGUUGAGGCAUCCCGCGAGCUUGGACCUGAGAUCGUGGUUGAUGAGCCUGUGAUUGAAGGUGCUCCUGUUCAGCCCGCACCGAUCGAGAGCGCUCCUGUUGAGCCCGAGGUCGCUGUCCCUGAGCAACCUGAGGCCGAGCCCAUCGAGGCCUCUCGAGAGCUUGAGAUUGAGCCUUUGGUUGCAGCAGCUCAAGAACCAGAAGUUGGCACCGCUCUUGAACCCGAACCUACAGAGGUGGAGCCUACCGAAAUCGAACAGGCCGACGACACUGCAUCAUCGACUAAAAAGGCCAAGCGCGACAAGAAGAAGCAGAAGAAAAAAUCUAAAAACGAAUCUACUUCUGAAGGGCCUGCAGAUGAUACGGUCACUGCUCAGACCGAGGAUGAUAUUUCUGCCUCCAAGGAGGUUGAGGGCCAGCAAGUAGACACAGCGCCUGGGCCUGCCGAAGAGAUUGUGCCUGCGCCCUUGCCCGAGGAUAUUGCUACUUCUACUGAACCCCUCGAGAACACCUCUGACCAGACUGCGGUCCUGUCUGCUGCCACCGAUGAAGAGCAAGCUCAAAGCCAGCAGCAGUCCGGAGAGCUGGUUGAGCCCGUGGAACAGGUAUCUACUGAGGAAUCCGUUCUACCUGUUUCCGAAGACCCCGGUCUACCCGUGGAAGAACAGCAAACCCCGGAGCCUACUUUCACUGACGCCAAUGAAACUCCAAUUGAUGGUGCCACUCAACCAGAAGCGGAAGAAGUAUCCCGCAGCCUGCAAGAGAUUGAAAAGCCAAUUGAAGAUUCUACCCCAGAGGCCCGCCUCAAUGACACCACGCCUGAAAUUACUGAAACACCCAAAGAAGACACCGAAGGCGAAGACAACUUCCAAGAGGCUGUCGAAGAACAGGUUUCACAGCCCGCUGAAGAAAAGGAGCCUGCACUGGAGCCUCCCAUUGAAGUGGCUGCAGAUGCCCCCGCAGAGGGGUCGGAAACCAAGGCGGAGAAGCGGAAAAACAAGAAAAAGAAGAAUCGCAAAUCCACUGCCGUGGAAGAGACUCAGAUUUCCGUUGAAACGCCCGCUCCCGAGACUGAAUCGCCAGAAAGUCAAGACCCCGAACCUGAGCAAUCAGCUGUUGUCGAACCUGUGGAUACCCAAUCCCCUCCAAUUGGCGGUGAAGCCUUACUUACUGACCUUGAACAUCUUGAACAGCCCAAGGAUGUUGAGCAACCCCUGCAAACCACCUUUGAGGAGCCUGCAGCUACCCAAGGGAAGGAGCAAGUUCCAUUGGAGGUCGCUGUGGAUGCAGCACCCGUUGUGACUGAGCCAGUGGACCCCGCGGGGCCAUCUGAUGAACUGUCACAGCCAGCUGUCAUCGAUGUCCAACCUAACGCUGAACUCCCGGAUCCCGCUGAGGAGGCUUCUCGCGAAAUCCCAGAGCCUUCUGUUGUCGAGACUCAACCCGAAGCUGAAGUUGAAGCUGAGCCUGAAGUCGCCUUGACUGCGGCUCAGAAAAAGAAGACCAAGAAGAACAAGAAGAAGGGCAAGCAGAGUGAAUCUUCCAUUCUUGAAGACGAGAAGCCUGCUGAGUCUAUCUCGCCGGCACCUGAAAUUGAGACUGCCGCUGAGGAUAUGGCCAAGGAAGCCCCUCUUACUGAAGACGUAUCGGUGGAUGCGCCUGCACAAGAGCGCGAGAUGGAUCUGCCCGUCGAGGUCGAACAGCCGCUCGAGCGCGAGCAACUUCCCGAGCCCGUGCAAACUUCUGAGGCCGCUCCGCCCCAGGAAGAAGCUUCUCCUGAGCCUCUGCCAGAACCAACAGCAGAGGUAAUAGAGUCAGAGAGCCCUAAAGAAGUGACAAUCGCACCAGAGGAGCAACCUAAGGCUGAACAAUCUCCUGCCGAGCCAGAGGUCCCUAUGACCGCCGCGGAGAGGAAGAAGGCCAAGAAGGCGAAAAAGAAGCAGCAAAAGGAGCAGGAAGAGAGCAUUGGCUCUGUUGCUGAAGAUAUCAAGGCCGUUGAGGCUGAGCUUGCGCCCGAAGCUGAAUCCGCUGAACCAAGCAAGAAUAUUGCGCCUGCGGAUGAAAUUGAUGAAGUUGCUCCAGCAGACCUCUCUGCACCGGUGUCUUCCGAACCUGUUGAGGCUGCACAGGAUGUUGUACCUGCAUCUACAACCGAGCCUGAGGCAGCCCCAGUCACUGAAGAUACUCCUCUGCCAACAGAGACUGAGACUCUCGAGCAAACGAAGGAUAUCGAGCCUUCCGUUGAGGCUGAGCUGCCGGUAGACGACGCUGCACCAUCGUCUGAGAUCGAGUCUACCGAAGUUAUCGCCAAUGUUCCAUUUGCAUCGGAAGAGGCUAUCGCUCCUGCGGAUGCGCCCCAAGAUCUUGACCAGCAGGACGAUAUUGUUAACGUGGAGGAGCCAAAGAGCGAGGAUGUGGCUCUACCGCCCACCGAAGAACCUUCGGUUGAUGCGAAGACCGAUGCCCUCAAAGCAGAAGAAGAAUCUCCCGAACCUGAGGUCCUAAUGACUGCCGCCGAGAGGAAAAAGGCCAAGAAAAACAAGAAGAAGCAGCAGCAGAAGCAAGAGUCUGAGGCCGAGCCUACUUCUACCGAGGGUAAGAGCGUCGAACAAACUGGUGACAUCUUGCCCGAGAGUGAGGCCACACCUACCGCAGUUGAUGAGCCCACAGACCCCGAGGCAGCCCGUGAUCUUGGAACUGAGACCAAGCCUGAAGAGGAACAAGCCCAGGACGUGCCAAUUCUCGAAUCCGAGCUUGCGCACGACGCACCCGCAGAGGCCAUUCCUACCCCGGAUAUUACCGAACAAGGUAUUGAUGUCCAAGAUGGGGACAAGAAAACCACCCAAGAGCAUGAAGUUACUUCCGCGGAAGAACCCCAGGGAGAAGAGCUUGAUACAGCCGUCAGCAUGGAGCCUGUGUUAGACAAGUCUCUCGAUGACAAGCCUACAGAGCCUACAGCUGAGCCAGUUAUGGAGGAGGCUCAGCCUACGGAGCCUACAGAAAGUCCAGUGGUGGAGCAGGCUGAAGAUGAACAGGCGGAAACUUCUUCUAAGUCGAAGAAGAAGAAGAAGAAUAAGAAGCGCCAAUCAGUUGCCCCUGAAGAGGAGCAGCCUGUACCUCCCGAGGAGGAAUCCAAGGUCGUCCCCGCCGAGGAAGAGAUUAUUAAGCCUACACCCGCCGAAGAGGAGUCUGCACCUGUGCCUCCUGAGGUUGAAUCCACCGAACCGGCGCCAUCUCAAGAGCUCGAACAGCCUCCUCUCGAGAAGGAUGCGGAGGUCCCCAUUGUGACGGAAGAGGCGUCCAAGGCUGAAGAGAGCACGCAGCCAGAGACCCCUAUCGAUGUAGCCGCCGCCGAGGCUGCUGAAGAGGCAUCAAUGACGCCUGCUCAGAAGCGGAAGGCCAAGAAAGACAAGAAAAAGCGCCAAUCAGUUGCUGCUGAACAGGAGCAGCCUACGUCUGCUGAGGAGGAGUCCAAGGCUGUCCCCACUGAGGAAGAGGUUAAGCCUACACCCGCCGAAGAGGAGUCUGCACCUGUGCCUGCUGAGGUUGAAUCCACCGAACCCGCGCCAUCUGAAGAGCCUGAACAGCCUGCUCCCGAGCUAAGCCCGGCGACUCCUAUUGCGACAGAAGAGGCGCCGAAGGCCGAAGAACCCUCUCCGGAGGAGACUACACAGGGAGAGGUCCCUGCCGAUGUUGCCGCCAUCGAAGCAGCUGAAGAGGCCUCGAUGACUCCUGCUCAGAGGCGAAAGGCUAAGAAAGAUAAGAAAAAGCGCCAAUCAGUUGCUGCUGAGCAGGAGCAGCCUACGUCUGCUGAGGAGUCCAAGGCUGUGGCCGCCGAGGAAGAGGCUAAGUCUACGCCCGCUGGGGAAGAGGUUGAGUUUGCACCCGCCGAAGAGGAACCUACACCUAUGCCUACUGAGGGUGAAUUUACCGAACCCGCGCCAUCGCAAGAGCCUGAACAGCCUGCUCCCGAGCCAAGCACGGAGUCUCCUAUUGCGACAGAAGAGGCGCCGAAGGCCGAAGAACCCUCUCCGGAGGAGACUACACAGGUAGAGGUCCCUGCCGAUGUUGCCGCCAUCGAAGCAGCUGAAGAGGCCUCGAUGACUCCUGCUCAGAGGCGAAAGGCCAAGAAAGAUAAGAAAAAGCGCCAAUCAGUUGUUGCCGAAGAGGAACAGCCUGUGCCUGUUGAGGAGUCCAAGCCUGAACCAGCCGAGGAAGACGUGACGCCCGCACCAGCCGAAGAGGUGCCCAUACCUGAUUCCAUUCGGGAAGAGCCCACUGCGCCAAUUUUGACCCAGGAUGCCGAACAUUCCGCGGUCGGCGAAGAUGCGGGCACUCCCAUUGUGACGGAAGAAGAAGGGCCUAAGGCCGAAGAACCCUCUCCAGAAGAGAGCACGCAGCCAGAGGCACCUGCCGAUGCAGCCGCUAUCGAGGCCGCUGAAGAGGCAUCAAUGACUCCUGCUCAGAGGCGGAAGGCUAAGAAAGAUAAGAAAAAGCGUCAAUCAGUCGUCACUGAACAGGAGCAACCCGCGUCUGUUGAGGAGCCAAAGCCUGAAUCCCCUCAGCAAGAGCCCGUUGAGCCUGAGUUGACCCAGGAAACCGAACAGCCGACUGUCGACAAAGAUGCCCAGGCUCCUAUUAUGGCAGAAGAAGAGGUGCCCAAGCCCGAAGAACCCUCUCUCGAAGAGGCCACGCAACAGGAUGCCCCUGCUGAUGCAGCUGCUACCGAGGCUGCGGAGGAGGAGGCAAUGACUCCAGCCCAGAAAAAGAAGGCCAAGAAAGACAAGAAAAAGCAACGCAAGUCUGUUGCUUUUGACGACAAUGCGACACCGAGCGAAGAGCCCAAGCCAGAGCAGGAUUCAUCUGCGCCUGAAGACAAGGUUGAAACCCAGGAUGCUCCGGCUGAAUUGGUUAUCGCCGACGAAUCAGCCAAAGAGUUAUCAGUGACGGAAGAAGUUGCCGAACCUGCUACUGAAGGGGAAGUCUCGGAGAAGAUUGAAGAGCCCGCUUCCUCUGAACAAAGCAAGGAGAUCGCCGAGGAUGAGCCGACCUCAGUUGCUGCGCCCGAUGCUCCCAUUCCUGCUGAAGUCGAGGAUCCAAAGUCCACGGUGGAGUUGCCAAAUCAGCCGGAACAAGAUGCUCAGACUCCCUCAGAGCCUCAGUCGCCGAAUACACAAGAGCCUGAAGUUCCCUUGACUACGGCGCAGAAGAAGAAGGCGAAGAAGAACAAGAAGAAGGGCAAGUCUGUGGACUUGGCCGAAAACGACCCUGCUGCUACAGAAGCAGCGCAGGAAUCUGAGCCCAUUGUUCAAACUUCCCCCGAUACUCCCGCUGAGAACCUGGAGUUGCAAGAUACUCCCGCUUCUGAGCCAGCACAGCCCGCAGAAGAUCUCGAGCAAGACAAUACCACCGAACCCGAGGCUCCCAAGGCCGAGGAACCCGAGAUAACAGAAACCCUAGUUGACGAUGUGCCAAAAGAGGAAAUUCCUGACGCCAAGGAGACCGACGAAGCUCCAGUCACCGAGGCGAUUGUCGAUGCCCCCUCCCAGGAAGCAGAGGCCAUUGCCUCUUCUCCUGCCGAGACGACCGAAGAAGCUGGCAUGUCAACCAAGGAGCGACGCAAAGCUGCCAAGAAGGCGAAGAAACGCCAGUCCAAGAAUGUCGACGCCGACAACGACGCCGCAACAUCCACUGAAGCGGCCAACAGUGUCGAAAAGGUCCUCACCUCUACGGACACAGACGCCCCUGGACUCUCAGCCGUACCGGCGUCCUCGCCUGCGGAACAUGACGGUAAAGAACAUCAGUCCCACGACAUAGAAACUUACGACGCCACGGCGCAAAAUACGGCCUCGACUGAUAAAUACAUGUCUUCGCAGGUUGAGCAGACGCCGAUAGAAAGUCCUUUUUUAGAAUAUCCUCCCCAGCCCGUGCUUGAGCGUUCAGUUGAUUCCGGCGAGUUGGUGGAGGGAAAUGGUGUGCAGGAGGGUGAUGUUGCCCCUACUGCACAGGAGCGAGAGGGGGAGUUGCUUGAGCCUACACCCCUUGAGGAAAUGAAAACAGUUGAUGAUGGUGAGGUUGUUGAGGAGAAGUCGUCUGUGCCGGAAGCAGACGAUUUCUCCAUGGAGAAGGAUGUUGAGAACAAAGAUGUUGAAGAGACGCCUGUGGAUGUUCUAAUUGAUAACGUUCCUGAGGCACAGACACAAGAAUCUCUCGUGGAGGAGGCUUCUGAGACAGCUGUCUCGAAGAAGCAGAAGAAGAAAAACAAAAACAAAAACAAAAACAAAAAACAAGAGGAUGAAGCCGCAGCACCUGAGCUUGAAACCUCUACUGCGGAGGACAAGGAGCAGCCUGAAGCUGCACCUUUGUUUGAGGCCGAGCCCCAGCCGGAGGUGAAAGAAAUCACCGAGCCUGAGCCCAUUGCUGAGGCCGAACCAUUGCCAGUUCUAGAGGAGCAAUCGGCCGAUCACUCACAGGACAUUGAAGAGACUACCGCUAUCCAGACAACCGAGGGCACUGCUGGUACCAAGGAGAUCAGUGUCCCAGAAGCCGAGGCUGAGCUAGUGCCAAUUCCAGAGGAGCAACGGGCAGAACACCCACAGGACAUUGAAGACACUGUCGCCGUCCAGACAACCGAGGACAUUGAUGACACUAUCCCAGAAGGCGAGACCGUUGCUCCUCCUACCGAAGAGACAACGCAGUCAGAGGUCCUUACAAAUGCAGCUGCCACCGAGGCCGCCGAAGAGGCCUCGAUGACUCCUGCUCAGAAGCGGAAGGCCAAGAAAGACAAGAAGAAGCAACGCCAAUCAAUUCUUCCCCAAGAACCCGAAGCUGAGCUCCGGCCUAGGGAACAGACAACGCCCGAAUCGGCUGAAGCUUCCGUCCAAGAGGUUGAGACUACAACGGAGUCAGCACCUGCCGAAUUUAUCAUCCAAGAUGAGGCUGUUACUAGUGCAGACGAGCCUACAGUGCAGCCUAUUGAUGUCACCGAGGAUGCCUCCAAGGAUAUUGUGACACUUUCUGAAGACACUGAACAGGAUGUUCCGAGUCUAGAAAUCGAAGGCGGAGAGCGUUCUCUCGAACUUCCUUCCGCUGAGCCGAGGGUCGAGGAAGGAGAUAAGCCAGCUGGGGAAGCUGCCGAAGUCCCGACCGAGAUUCUAAAUGACGAGCAAGCUAGCGAACAAACGCCACCUGAAGCGGGCCCUGAGCCCGAAGGCGAAUCGGCGAGUGUCCCCAAGAAGAUGAGCAAGAAGGAGAAGAAGAAGGCUGCCGCCGCCGCCGCCGCCGCCGCCGCCCUUCUCGAGGAAGAAAAAUUCGUCGAAUCACAACCUGAACCCGAAGAGCCCCUGGCCGUCACUCCUCAAGCUCUAGAGGAAGUGCCUGAGACAGAAAAGAGCCUGGACGAAACAACAGAACUGACAACUUCUGAGCCGAAACAAGAUGUCCUGGAGCAGCCUGUUGAGGUUCUCGAUUCUACAGAACCCCUCGAAUCCAAGGUCAAGCCCGAGGAGUCUACGAAAGAGUUAGUCGAGGAGCCAGCUGUGGUCGAUACUAUUACUCGGAAAGCGUCAAAGAAAGACAAGAAAAAGGCCAAGAAGCAAGCCAAGCAAGAAGUAAUUGAGCCAGCUUCUCCGCUCGAGGAGCAUGUUCCUACCGAGCCUGCGGCUGUAGAGGCUGCUCCUGAACCGGAGCCGACUUUCGAGGAUACGCCAACGGAGAUUAUUCCCGAGUCUGAGUCCAUUGCCCGGGAAGAAAUCCAGGAGGCUCCCAAUUCCGAGCUCGAAAGCAUCGAAGCCCCGCCUCUUGAGAGGUUCGGCAUCGUAUCGGAAGAUAAGCAACCUUCAGAAAGCGAGAAAAAUGAAGCAGUCGUCCCUCUGGACACACUCCCUACGUCCUCACCUGGGGAACCCGCUGACAAAGCUACCAACUAUGAGUCCCUUGGCCUCCAGGAUCCUGCCGAGAAGAACAUACAGGAAGAUGAAGCUCAAGUUGGGGCCGAUGCACGGGACCUUGAGAAAACAGCUGACCUCGAGGUCGUCGAGGGCUCUGUUGAGGAUGGACCUGGAGAACCUGAAGUGAUGCCGGCUCUGUCCAAGAAGAUGUCAAAGAAGGACAAGCGCAAGGCCAAGAAGAAUGGCAGUACCAAUGAAGAAGUCUCGACUCAACAACAAGAAGAGCCCCAAGCUGACGUGGCUGAGUUGCCCACGGAAUGGGAGAGCCGGCCGACAGAGCCUGCCGUGGAGCAGGAAAUUCCUGAAACUGAAGAUGCUGCAGAACCUCAACCUACAUUGGAGCGAGAGCUGCCAAUUGAAUCCUCUCUUGCGAUUGAGGAUCAGCCUAUAUCCGUCCCCGAAGUUCAGGUUGGGCCUACACAACCCGAUGAAGAGCCCGUCAGCGAGGAAAUCCCUCUUUCACGCAAGGCCUCGAAGAAGAAGGCCAAGAAGGCCCAAAAGGCUAACAAAUCCUUGGAUACUGAGCGGGCUGAAAACGCGAUCGAUGCGGAUCAGCAUGCUAACAUUGUGCCGUUCGAAGAGGACCAAUCUAAGCCACAGGAUCCAGAAGUGCCAGACGAGAAGUCGUCCCAUGACGAAGAACACUGGCCGGCAAUUGACUGGCAGACGAAGCUUGAAGAGUCCCAGCGAUUGAAGGAAGUGAACUCUGACCCUGAGUCGGAAAUUUCACCUCCCGAGCCGGAGAUUAUCAGCGAAUUUGUUGAUUCUUCAUUCCCCGAAGUUUCGCAUGAUGCAAACGAAGCUGCUCCGGAAGUCGACGAGCCUUCACUGGAACCCUCGAACGACAAAGAGAUCGAGCCGCCUGCUCGAACAACUACCCCCGGUGGAUCUAAGAUUGCCGACUUAUUUCCCGGACUCGAGCGUGCUGGAUUCCGGCGAUCAGCUUUGGACCAGCAAACACCGUCGCUAAAAGAUAGUGCUGAGGAAGAGACAACAGCGGACUUGGAAGCGAAUCGCGAUAUCGCGAUCCCUGUCUCGGAAGCACCCCUAGCGACCACUAAAACCAAAGAAAUUGCCGAUGAUUUUACCUCGGAACUGCCUAGCAGCCUCGAAAGACAAAUUGAGUCUACGAUCUCGGAGCUGAAAGCUCACCCCGAAACCCCGACUGCUACGGAGGAUGACUCAAUCAGAGAGCCAGAACUUCCGAUGCAUGGCGAAAAGUCCUUGGAUGCGCCCUUGUCAUUUUCAACGGAGCCCUCCAAUGAGCGGACUCGUACCGAGGAACCUUCUUCUCCUACGCGCCUUCCACCCCCCGAGGAAGCUGGAGCAGAACUGUGUGAACUACGCCGAUCACCAUCAAUCCAUGGACGACACCAGCAUACACCCCGAACAUGGAGUUUGGACGAGCCAUCUCUACCGGCUCUUGCCCCAUCCCCUCCCCGGUCGCUCUUCGGACCGACUGACGAUUAUGUACGACCCCGGACUCCGCUUGAACCAAUUGCGGAACAAGUACCACAUGGCCAGGGAACCAUGGCUGGUCGCGGGACCCCCCGCCUGGAGAUGAAGCCCGAACAUGUCUUACCUCGACCUCAAACACCCGUCCGGAAAUUUACAGACAAUGCCUUUGAUCGAGAAGCUUGGCCUACAGAAAAAGAAAACCAAAAGAGGGAUGAUUUCAAAGAAAUUCAAAAAACGCCUGAGCAAGGGAUUCUGAAACCCAGCACCAGCAGUGGAAAAUUACGUCGUACAAAUCGCAGUAUUAGUGGCGAUCUGCGGGCGGCUAGUCGAGCGCUAGAUUCCCAGCCUUCGAAUCUCGAUCUCGAUCAGCUCCCGUCUUCCUCUUCUUAUGACCCCGUCACCGACAAGGGCAAGCGUCCGCUGCGAAAUAUGUCGGAUGUCUAUGAGGGAUGGGGUGAAACGCCCAACUCCCCCCGGUCGCCCAGCCGACCGCCUAGUGUCCGCCGUCGUCGUAGCAUGCAACACUUGCAAGACAUCGAAACCCGUCUCGACCAGCUCAUCUCUGAGAACCGUCUACUGAUUGCCGCCCGCGAUGAAGCCGAAGAUAAGCUCCGGAAUACCAGCGUCGCUCGUCGAAAGAGCGACCGUGCCCUCAACACCCGCGACGGCGAUUUACGCGAUCGGGAAUCGGAGGUGGAACAAUUGAAGAACUCGGUGGAAUGGCUGCAGAAGGAGAUGACUCGUCUGACCCAAGAGAAUGAGGGGCUGACUGCGUCCAACUCUGCUCUCGCCGCCGCCCAUGCAGCCGAGGUCAACACCGUGCGCCAGUCGUCCACGCGGGAGCUCGUUGAGCUGCAGUCGCAACACAGCCAACUCUCGUCCCAGGUGGAAGAUCGAGUGCGACAAGAGAUUGAAUCGGCUCUUGCGCAGAAAGACAUUGAAUUGCGCCGUCUACGUACCGAACUUGAGGAGGCUCGCGAUAAGGUCAAGGAGCUCCAACAACAAAUCGCAGCCUCAGUACAUGACAAUGCCCUUGUCUUCCGCGAUGAAGAGUACUUCGAGGCCGCCUGCCAGAAGCUGUGUGGCCAUGUCCAAUCCUGGGUCGUGCGCUUCUCCAAGCACAGUGAUAAGCGUCGCUGCCGCCCACUGAGUGAUUUGCAGGACGAAAAGAUCGCUGACCGUUUCGAUAAUGCCCUCCUCGACGGCUCCGAUCCCGACGCCUAUCUAUCUGAUCGUGUCCGCCGCCGUGAUGUAUUCAUGUCGGUGGUCAUGACAAUGGUUUGGGAAUACAUCUUCACACGUUAUCUCUUUGGCAUGGACCGGGAGCAGCGUCAAAAGCUCAAGUCUCUUGAGAAACAAUUGGGCGAGCCUUUUGCUGCUCAGCGGGAGAGUGAUACGGAGGCUGUUACGCUGGAGAUCUUCCAAACCCUAUCACGGGUCCUCCCUCCUCCGUCACAUGUUGAAUCCCAGCUCCUGGAUAACCUUCGCAAGAUCAUGCGGGUAGCAGUUAGCCUAUCCUUGGAGAUGCGUACCCAGCUGGCUGAAUUCAUCAUGCUGCCACCUCUGCAGCCUGAAUACGAUACCAAUGGCGACCUUGCACGCCAAGUGUACUUCAACGCAGCUCUGAUGAAUGAGCGCAGUGGUCUGACAAACGAUAAUGGCGAGCUCGAGGCUCAACAGUCUAUUGUGCGCAUUGUGCUCUUCCCUCUCGUUGUCAAAAAGGGCAAUGAUGUGGGCGAGGGUGAGGACGAGGAUGUCGUCUGCCCCGCCCAGGUCCUCAUUGCCCGCCCUAGCAGGGACAAGAAAGUAUCAAGGGUGAUGAGCGGCGAUCGCAUGUCCAUUGAUGCUACCAGGUCUGUCCACAGCAUUGCUCAAAGCAUUGCUCACAGUGUGGCACCUUCAUCUAUGAUGGACAUGAGCAAUGUGAUCUGA